AUGUCCGAGUUUUCAUUGACGACCGCCAAGAAGAGAAUCCACGACUUGUCGAGUCUCUUGCUCUCUGACUUUAUGCUCUUUUGUUCUUUCAUUCUCUCUCACCCUCUUUACUUCUCCUACUUCAUCUUCUUCUCCCCUUAUUUCUUCAAGAUCUUCUCUUUUCUUUCCCCUCUCUUUAUAACCACCACCCUUUUGCUUCUCGCGUUUCUCACCCUCACUCCCAGUUUUGUCAACCAUGGUGGCGGCAACUUCCCGAAUUCCGACGUAAGUUUCCUACUUACCACCUGCCAAACUCUAGUUGAAACGUUGAGGUCUAAAGUUGACGAUCAUGAAAGCGAUGGCGGAUUUGGAUGCUUGGGGGAAAUUGAAGCACUUAAGAUUGUGUUUGAUACAUCGGUUAUCCUUGAAACUAGAGAAAACCCAGAUGAAGUCUUGGAUAUGGAGUCCAAAGGAGAUCGCUUUCAAGCUGUUGAAGAAGAUCCCAUUUUGCCUGAAAAUAAACAAAAAGAAGUCAAGUCACUAAGCGUGGAGUCCAAUAAAGUUGAUGAACAAAAAGAAGACGAAUUCAUGACGAGGGGAUCCAAGGCUGUGGGAAACAAAGUAAGUGAUGAUGGCUUUGAGCAUGCUGCCAAAGCAACGGUGAAUGAGGACAAUUACAGAUAUUGCCACACGAUGGGAUCAGAUGUUUGGAGCUUUGGGUCGAUGAGGAAACAAAAGGAGUGGAAGAGGACAUUGGCAUGCAAGCUUUUCGAAGAGAGACACUCACAGAACGUGGCGGAAGGUGGUGGUGAAGGGAUGGAUUUACUUUGGGAGACUUAUGAAACCGACUCCAAUAAUAAAGCACAAUUGAAAAGCGGUUCGAAGAAAGGAAAGAAAGGUGGUGGUGGUAACAACAAUGGCUACUUCUACGAUGAGGAUGAUGAUUAUGAGGAAGAGUCGAAUGGGCAAGUGUGUUGCUUACAGGCUUUAAAGUUGUCGGCCGGGAAGAUGAAUCUGGGAAUGGGAAGGCCUAACCUUGUUAAGAUCUCCAAGGCCCUUAAAGGGAUCGGAUGGUUGCACCAUGUUAGCACCAGGCAUGGCAAGAAAGGGUACCAUUGA